AUGUCACACCACGAUAUACUUGGGGCUGCAUAUGACCCAAACCCUUUUGUGGUGGAUCAGUCGGAGCUCAAGGAUCGGUUUAGAAACCUCCAAUCUAUCAUCCACCCCGAUCGUUGGGCAGGCAAGAGUGAGGAACUGCAAGCAGCGGCUGCAGUCAUGUCAGCACGCGUCAACAACGCCUUGCAUCAUCUCACAAGCCCAUUGCGCAGGGUGGAAUAUAUCCUGGAGCAAGAAGGCUUUGGUCAUAGAGAAGCAGACAGCUUUGAUGAUAAGGAGCUGCUGAUGGAGGUGAUGGAGGUGCACGAAGACAUUGCUAAUGCGCAAUCUCAGGCGGUUAUCGAGAAUAUCAAAGAGAGAAAUUCUGUCAAACUAGGAGAAACGAUUCGAGAUAUAGAAGCCCUCGUUGGUGCAAAAGAUUGGCCAGCCGUGCAGGCCGCUGCCAUCAAGCUCAAAUACCUGACUGGAAUUGAUGCAGCAGCAGCAUCGUGGCCGAGCCACGUUCACGACCAUUGA